AUGCUAAUCAAUCAAUCUAGUUCUUUUCAUUUCUUACCAUUAAUCGUAUAUUCAUCAAGAAUUGUUCUCUCUCUCUCUCUCUUUCUCUCUCUCUCUUUUUCACUCUCCUUUUGCAAUGUGUCUGUAUCUUUCUUUUUCUCUCUCCCCUUUUCCUAUCUGUCUGUCUAUCUUCUUCUCUCUCUCUCCUUUUUCUAUCUGUCUGUCUCUCUCUUUUUCUUACACGUCUCUCUCUCUCUCUCUCCUUUUCUUAUCUGUUUCGCUUUCUUUCUCUCUCUCCUUUUACUAUCUGUCUGUCUGUCUGUCCAUUCUCCCUCUCUUCCCUUUUCCUAUCUCUCUCUCUCUCUCUUUCCUAUCUGUCUGUCUGUCUGUCUCUUUCUCUCUCUCUCUCUCUCUCUCUCUUCUUUUCCUAUCUGUCUAUCUGUCUCUUUCUCUCUCUCACUCUUCCUAUCUAUCUGUCUGUCUCUUUCUCUCUCUCCCAAUUUCCUAUCUGUCUGUCUCUUUCUCUCUCUCUCUCCCUUCCCUUUUCCCAUCAGUCUCUCUCUCCCCCCCUUCUCCCAUCUGUCUAUCUGUCUCUCUCUCCUUUUCCUAUCUGUCUCUCUAUCUCUUUCUUUCUCUCUCCUCCUUUUCCUAUCUGUUUUUCUCUCCUUUUCCUAUAUUCUCUCUUUUUCCUAUCUGUCUCUCUAUCUCUUUCUUUCUCUCUCCUCCUUUUCCUGUCUGUCUAUCUAUGUCAAUAUCGAGUUGCGCUUUCUUCUUAUUUAUUUUUCUUUAUUUGUUUUUUUUUUCUUUUUCUGGCAUUUUUCUUCCUCUUUUCUUCUUGUUUUUCUUUGCCUUUUCACAUUCCACUUUUUCUUACAUUUCCCUUUCUUCUUCUUCCAUUUCUUCCUCCUCCUCUUCUUCUUCUUCUUCUUCUUCAUCCAUUUGUGGUUACCGUUUUUCUAUCUAAUCUUUGUCGUUCACUUACCCCUCCUCCUACAUACUUUCCUCCAUCCUAUCACUUUCGUAUUUUUCUUCUUGUUUUUCUCUUUCACAUAG